CACGGGUCGAUCAGCUCUUCCGAUAGUCACUCUAGAAACGGAUUAUUCGCAAGCUAGCAGUUGCCGCGAUCGGAAGCAGGAGCGUUCGCUGUAUAUUCCUGGCCUGAAUCUUAUAGUAUUCAAAUACUGUUCGGUGUUAUUUUUUGCUUCUCUGUACACAAUCUUGCUCUCUCUCUCUCUGGGAUUAGCUUGGAUUUGUAAACUCCUUAUCUCACCCAUCAUCCUGACCAGAGACAACGACAUUCAUAAAAUAUAAAAUUGUGUGUGGUUAUUAAUUAAUGAGAGUAUAUUCAUUCUCUCAUCAGUUUAAAUGUGAUCAGUAAAGAAGAAAUAUUAUUGAUAAAUGAAAACAUAAAGAAAAGAAGUGAAAAAGUGAGAAUCACGCAUCACAAAAAAAUCGAAAGAGUGCGAUAAAGUUCAUCAUCGAAUAGUUUUGAAAUUGGACCGUGAUAAGAAAUAGUGUUUUUCAACAAAAGUUAAAGAUUUAUUGAAAUACACAAACGAAAAAAAUAACGAAAAGAUUCAGUUCAAAGAGGAUUAAUUGCCUCAUCAGUGAAGAUAUUUCCGUUUUCCUUUAAUAAGUGUGCUGGGAUAAAAAGACAACAAUGUUACCCUUUCAUUGGGUAGCAUUCCUAGGAAUUGUGAUUGUGAUAGCUGUUGCAAGUGGAGCUAAGAUUCCGGAACAAGAUUUUGUUGAUCCAAAUGCAGUUUUUGGAAGUGAAGAAUACCUUCAAGCUGUAGGCCAACUCCAUCAACGCUUCAAACGAAGCAAAGGCUACGCUCGUGGACAAACUCAAUCACAAUAUUUGAACUUUGGAAAACCCGAACAAGAUGGAAAAGCCGAAGCUGAAGCUUCUGAAACAGGAUCAAGAUCGACCGUGUCGGGAACCCACGGAAUGGGACAGGCUCAAAGUCAGUUUUCUUCAUCAGGAGGUUGUGGUGGAUGUGAAGAUGGAGGAGGAAUGGGAUCACCAGAUCCAUAUAGAAUUCCAACUGAUGGAAUUGGCAAACUUAUAACACCUGGCGGAGGCUAUGGCGGAGGUGGGCCAGGUGGAAGAUUUGAUGGAACUCGACCAGGAGCAGGAGCUGGAGCUGGAAUUGGACCUGAUGGAGGAUAUGGCAGAGGAACUGGUGGCAUUGGACCAAGUGCUUUAGAUGGAUCUCGACCUGGAACUGGAGGAUAUGGUACAGGAGCAGGAGGUGCCAGACCUGGUGAUAUCGGCCAAGGUGGGUAUGGGCCUGGCAGAGGUGGCGCUGGUGUUCAGGUUCCAGGUGGUGCUGGUCAAGGAGGUAUUGGUCCAGGUGGUGUUGGUCAUUACCUUCCUGGAGGAGCUGGCCCUGGUAGAGUUGGUCCGGGUGGUGGAUACGGGCCGGGAGGUGGAACUGGUGCAGGCACUUUCCCUGGUGGUGGUCCUGGUGUUGUAAGUCCGGGAGGUGGAACUGGCCAAGGUAUAUAUGGUCCUGAUGGUGCAGGCAGAGGUGGAUAUGGUCCAGGAGGUGCAGGUGCUGGAACUGGUGGAUACGGUCCCGGAGGUGUUGGAGGCGGCCCCGGAGGUGUUGGAGGUGGUCCCGGAGGUGUUGGAGGUGGACCCGGAGGUGUAGGAGGUGGUCUUGGAGGUAUUGGAGGCGGUCCCGGUGUUGGAGGUGGACCCGGACAGGGUGGUGUUCGUCCAGGUGGAAUUGGUGGAGGACCAGGAGCUGGAAGAGAUGGAUCUAGACCGGGUUAUGGAGAAGAUUAUGGACCAGGAGGAGCUGGAGGUCUUCGCCCAGGCGUUGGAGGUGUUGGUGGUGGAGGUAGUACUCGACCAGGGGCUGGUUAUGGUCCUGGAGCAGGAUCAGCUGACACAAGAAGGCCAGGCACAGGUGCCCCAGGACAAGGUUAUGGACCAGGAGAUAGUUUCGGUACAGGAGGCGUACGUCCCGGUGCUCCAGGAAGUCCUGGUGUAGAUCAAUACGGAAGAUAUACCGAACCAGGUGCUGGUGGGAGAGGCGGUGCAGCCUUGCCAGGUAAUGUACCAACUGAAGCAGACCCAAGAUACAAUUUACCUUCCGAUCCAACCGUAGAUUUACCCCAUCAGCCAGGCUCUGUUGAAGGGGGCACUGAGAAUUAUCCAGAUGGAGGCUCUAUUAGUGGCUCUCCGGAAGGUGGGUUUUAUCAGGGUGGCUCUUUGCCAAAUGAAUCCCAAAAUGUUAUACCAGGGUAUGAUUCACAUUUAGGUGGUCGUGUUCCUUCAGGCGGACCAGACAGUGGUGCAGAUAGGUAUGGACCUGGUUCGGGUGGCAGAACUGGUCCAGGCUACGGACCUGGAGCUGGUGCUGGUGGACAAUAUGGGCCAGGUGGUGGUGCUGGUCCCGGAGCAGGCUAUGGCCCUGGAUCAGGUGGUGCUGUUGGUGGAGAUAGAUACGGACCUGGAGGUGGUAGCGGCGGACAAGGUUAUGUACCCGGUGAUAGAUAUGGACCUGGAGCGGGCAGCGGUGGAUCUGGCUAUACUCCAGGUGGAGCUGGUUAUGGUGGUGGUCAAGGGGCUGGACCAGCUGGAGGUUCUGGAACGCGACCUGGUGCUGGUGUCGGUGGAACAGGUGGUGCAGGACCAGGUGCUGGAGGUUUAUACGGACCAGGCACUGGUGGAGCAGGCAUUGGACCAGGAACUGGUGGUGCAGGAACAGGGAUGGGACCCGGAGUAGGCGCUGGUUACGGCCCAGGUGCCGGUGGUGUAGGCACAGGCAUGGGACCUGGAGCUGGUGGAGCAGGCACAGGCAUGGGACCCGGAAGAGGUGCAGGGUAUGGUCCUGGUGCUGGUGGAGCUGGGAGAGGUGGCUCAGGAACAGGAAUAGGACCUGGAGCGGGUGGAGCAUAUGGCCCAGGAGUUGGUGGCGCAGGGACAGGAAUGGGCCCAGGAGCUGGUGGAGCUUAUGGCCCAGGUGCUGGUGGUGCAGGAAUGGGACCUGGAGCUGGUGGGGCUUAUGGCCCUGGUGCUGGUGGUGCAGGAAUGGGACCAGGAGGUGGUAGAGCUUAUGGCCCUGGAGCUGGUGGUGCAGGAACAGGAAUUGGGCCAGGAGCUGGUGGAGCUUAUGGUCCAGGUGUUGGUGGUGCAGGAAUGGGACCAGGAGCAGGUGGAACUUAUGGUCCAGGUGCUGGUGGUGCAGGAACAGGAAUUAGUCCAGGAGCUGGUGGAGCUUAUGGUCCAGGUGCUGGUGGUACAGGAAUAGGACCUGGAGCUGGUGGAGCUUAUGGCCCAGGUUCUGGUGGUGUAGGAAUGGGACCAGCAGCAGGUGGAGCUUAUAGUCCAGGAGCUGGUGGUGCAGGAACAGGAAUCGGCCCAGGAGCUGGUGGAGCUUAUGGUCCAGGUGCUGGUGGUACAGGAAUAGGGCCAGGAGCAGGUGGAGCUUAUGGUCCAGGUGCUGGUGGAGCAGGAAUUGGAAUGGGUCCAGGAGCUGGUGGAGCUUAUGGCCCAGGUGCUGGUGGUGCAGGAACAGGAAUGGGUCCAGGAGCUGGUGGAGCUUAUGGUCCAGGUGCUGGUGGUGCAGGAAUAGGACCUGGAGCUGGUGGAGCUUAUGGCCCAGGUGCUGGUGGUGCAGGAAUGGGACCAGGAGCAGGUGGAGCUUAUGGUCCAGGAGCUGGUGGUGCAGGAAUAGGAAUGGGCCCAGGAGCUGGUGGAGCUUAUGGUCCAGGUGCCGGUGGUGCAGGAAUUGGACCUGGAGCUGGUGGAGCAUAUGGCCCAGGAUCUGGUGUUGCAGGAACAGGAAUGGGUCCUGGAGUUGGUGGAGCUUAUGGUCCAGGAGCUGGAGGAACAGGAACAGGAAUGGGCCCAGGAGCUGGUGGAGCUUAUGGUCCAGGUGCUGGUGGUGCAGGAAUGGGACCAGGAGCAGGCGGAGCUUAUGGUCCAGGAGCUGGUGGAGCUUAUGGUCCAGGUGCUGGUGGUGCAGGAAUUGGACCUAGAGCUGGUGGAGCUUAUGGCCCAGGAUCUGGUGGUGCAGGUACAGGAAUGGGUCCAGGAGCUGGUGGAGCUUAUGGUCCAGGUGCUGGAGGUGCAGGAAUGGGUCCAGGCACUGGUGGUGCACUUACAAGACCAGACUCUGGUGGUCUAUAUGGCCCAGGUGCUGGUGGUGCUGUUGGUGCAGGUGAUGGUGGCUAUUAUGGUCCUGGCUCUGGUGGUUCAGGAUUAGGACCAGGUGCUGGUGGUGUAGGAGCAGGUGCAGGGCCAGGUGCAGGAGGAUUAUAUGGACCUGGUGCUGGUGGUGCAGGAACUGGAGGAUUAUAUGGUCCAGGUGCUGGUGGAGCUGGUGCGGGUUCAGGCCCAGGUGCUGGACCAUUAUAUGGCCCAGGUGCCGGAGGUGUAGGACCAGGCUCUGGUGGGCUAUACGGCCCUGGUGGUGCAGAUACAGGAGCAGGAGGAUUGUAUGGCCCAGGUGCUGGUUCCGGUAUAGGAAGUGUUAGUGUUCCUGGAGCAGGCUAUAGGCCAGGUGGUCCUUCAGGAUUAACUGCUCCUGGUGGAGUUGGAGGCAUAGGAGGUGUUGGUGGAGUCAGUGGUGGUGGCGGUGCUGGAGUUGAUGGAGCAGAUGAUGCUUUCUCACAAGCAGAAUCUACCGUGAAAGAUGGCCAAGCCGCUGCCAGUGCAAUGGGCAAAAAGAACGGUGGAACAGCCAAAACACAAGUUUCUGGUACAUACACCUCGUCGGGUACUUUCAGUGCUAGUGCAAUGACAUCAGACGCAGAUCGUGCCGCCAAUGCCCAAGUCAGUGGUAGCAAUGAAGGAACCAUGACCCAAUCGCAAGGUCAAGGUGGUGCUGCCCAAUCACAGUCACAAGUUCAAGUCAAUUCUAAGACUGGUGGAACAAAGGCAUCAUCUCAAAGUGGUGGAUUUGUUCACCAGAGUCAAAGCGAGGUCCAAGCUAACGACAAAGGAGGUCUAGCUGAUUCACAAUCCAGUGGUCCCGGCCAAACGUCAUCUCAAGCUCAAAUUGGCUUCAGACCUAAGCAAGACACUGAUGAGAAUGUCCAAUCAACCGGUGGUGGACAAGCUUCAGCACAGUCUUCAAGCUUUUCAGGACAAUCACAAUCCCAAAUUCAAGGACAAUCUAGAUAUGGAAUCUCAUACCAUGGAGCUGCCCAAUCAGCUUCAGGAACAAAGGAACAAGUCGCAACCUACAGAGAACAAAAUCGACAACUAUUUCAGUCCAUAAGCGAUUUUGGAAACACUGACAGUAUUAUCGAUAAGGUAGACAGUGCCUAUGGACCACCAGAGGGCGUUCCACUUCCAAACAAUGAUGUUCAGCUACGUUCCUCCUCGAAAUCAAAAGAUACUAAGCCCAUUCCACAUCCAUCAAGCAAAGACUCAGAUGAUCCCGUUGAAGAGGAAGAAGAAGAGGAAUACGAAUAUGGUGAAGAAGAGGACUACAGCUAUAACGAAAACGCAGUGAAAAUGGAACAAAAAUCUAGUAAAUCUCCAUCUGAAACCAGUACCACAGUCAAACCAUCGAAGGAAGGAAAGAUCUUCUCUCAAAACAGCCCAAGUCAAAGCCAGAAAGCCGCAGUUGCGGACCCCAAAGAAAAGUUCUCACUUGUUCAAAAACAAAAUGGCCGCACUGUGAAUUAUAUCCCACGAACGACUACCGAAUCCAUUCCAAGUGGUUUCCGAGGAACAGUGAAUGUGGAAAAGAAAUUCCACACCAAAUCUUUAGAUUCCACAAAAGAUAAACAAGACUCUGAUGGAAAACCAAAGAAAAAACUUCCUGGUCCCGAUAGCUAUGUAACUGUCACAAAGUCUGUCACAGGAAGCAUGGACAAUACUCAGAAUCCACCAGUAGAAAAUAAGAAUUUCCAAUCGACUUACUACACAAAGUCAUCAACAUGUGGUUACUUUACGUUCUCUUGCAACAUUGUUUAUGGGGCGAAUGGACGAAGCAAAGUUUGCAGGCCUAAAGCACCAGCGAAUGGAAAAUGUUAGAGUUAUAAAUUUUCUUAUACAAUAAUUAAGAAUUUUAAGUUAAUGUUUUUUUUUUUUAAUGCUAUAUAACUAUCUAUCAGAAAAGUUUUUGUUUUUAAGUAACGUAAUGCACUACAGAGAAUUUUUUUUGUUUCUUGAUCUUUUUGAAAUAAUUUUUAUCAUAUCAUUUUUUAGAGACAUUUCCGCAUGACAUUUUUUUUAAGUAGUAAUUAACUGCCAUAGAAUUUAUAAAUAAAUAAACAUUUUAUAUAAGGUUAA